AUGACUAUAAACUACUCUAUUCUGCUCAAUCACCUAUUCAUGUUCUUCAUUUCGUUUACUUCUGGAAAGCCUUUGUGGGAACCCGACAAUCUGAUGUGGAGUGAGCUGGGACAAGUGGUUGAAGGCGGCCAGAUCAAACCAUCUUUGCGGCAAGCCCCGGCGCAACUCACGUCCGGGAUUUCUGUGUCCGAUGGACUCGUCACAAAUCGCCGGUCAGAUUCAGAUUUUAGCGCGUCACUUUCCGGUGCUGGAUCCUCACGCUCGUCGCAUCCUGAUCAGCAACUCGCCAUUACGACCCCUAAUUUCGCCUGCAAUAACCAAGCUGACCUACGCCGACCCCUGUUCCCCUUUCGCCCCCUCGGUCCCAUAGAACUACACCGGCUCGAAGGAGGAGAAUGGGGACAUCCUGAUUCUUCCAUUACGAUCAAUGCGGACUCCUCCCUCUUCCCUUUCGCUGGCUCCCCCACAUCGACACACUUGUAUCAGACCAACCGGGCGGAAAGCAAAGAUGAAUCUUUUGUAUCUUCCUCUCACCUCCUCGGCUCCCUACCACCAUCUCCGUCCAAGGGGAGAAAAGUUGGGAAAAGGACAAACGGUCGUAAUCCUCCCGUCUUUUCGGACCUGCUGGUACGCGCUGAAAGAAGCCACGACCAGAGUACGAGCGCGUUGACAAAAUCAGAAAUCCCCAACCUCUGGGCUCCACAACCAGAAACUGCAAUCAUGAAUACCGCCUUCUGCAAUACCAUUCACGAUGUUUACAGAUCAUUCACGAAUCAAAAGGGGGCGCGGGUGUACAAUGACAAAAAACACAUCAAGCUUUACCUGGGUAUCAACAAGGCGUCUAAGCCAGAGUCCAUCGUUAUUUCAAACCGAUCCAAAACACAUUCAGUCUAUUAUACCUUACAUGACCCAGUAGCUGGCCUCUAUGUUUGGGAAAGAACCCUCAAUCCCCUUUGCGAGGAAAGUGUUGUUUUACAUCCCAUGCUAGGAGAGGGGCUGCUUUAUGCGAAAGGGGGAGAGCAAAAGCGGGUGGACCCAUAUCGACGAAAAAGUUGAUUCAAAUUUUCCAGUACUUCAAAUCAAAUUAAUUUUACUUUAGACAUCACCAACUACA